AUGUAUGCUUUGGCCCGGCAGGGGCGGCUUGCCUCCAAGGCUCUUAGAUUGAUCCCAUCCUCAUCCACUCUUUCAUCCCUUCCGCGCCUCACUCCUCUUGUAUCUCGACAUGUUGCUCCGAGUCUCAUUAGCAAGUCCAAAUUCUCCUCCAUCUCACCUUUGCGAUAUAACAACGCCUACGCCGAAGCAGACGAUGCUGGACAUGUACCGGCCGACGCCACGGAUCUCGGAGCGGAAGACAUUUCCCAUACCAACCGCGAGUUCACAAAGUUCUCAGAGUUGGGUGAAGCUGGCGUCAUUGACCCCGUCGUCAUUGACACCCUUGUAAACAGAAUGGGAAUACAUACCAUGACAGAAGUACAGCGGAUGACCAUCAAUGAGUGUCUGGACGGUACCGACGUUAUCGCUCAAGCCAAAACCGGAACUGGCAAGACCUUGGCUUUUCUUAUGCCGAUUAUUCAGCGCCUUUUGCGGGAUCCUACAAUCAAGUCUCGCAGUAGGAGACCGGAAAUUGGUGAUACACAUGCGUUGAUCAUCUCCCCUACCCGCGAGCUGGCUGAGCAGAUUGCUGCUGAAGCCAAGAAGAUCACACACAACACUGGCAUCCAGAUACAAACUGCUGUGGGUGGUACACAAAAGUCAUUUCAUCUAAGAAUGAUGCAACAGCAGGGUUGUCAUAUUCUUGUUGGAACCCCCGGACGGGUCAAGGAUUUGUUGUCUGAUCCUUACAGCGGUGUCAAUCUCAGUAACAUCCAGACCUUUGUGUUGGACGAAGCCGAUCGACUGCUUGAUAUUGGCUUUGGGCCAGAUAUUGAGGAAAUCCAAUCAUACAUGCCUAGACGCGAAGACAAAGACCGGCAAACACUGAUGUUUUCGGCAACCAUUCCCAGAUCAGUCGUUGGCGUGGUGAAGACAACCAUGAAGCCUGACUUCAAGUUUGUGCGCACGGUCGAUCCUGAAGAGGCUGCAACACACGAAUCCAUCCCUCAAAAGGUGGUCUACUUACCUGGACUUCAAAAUCAAAUCCCCACCCUUGUUGAAAUUGCUCAGAAUGCCAUCGAAGAGCACAAGCGAGAACCUGAGACUGCCAUGCCAUUCAAAGCCAUUGUUUUCUAUUCUUCCGUCGCUGAGGUUCAUGUAGCAUAUGAAAUCUUAUCGAAUAUGCGGGACUCAACUCAGGCAAGAGGAGGACUGUUUUCUAACCAUCCUCUCUCUCCUUGUCAAGUAAUCGUCAUGUCCUCUCAGCUGAGCCAACAAGAGCGCACACGGAACUCCGAAGCUUUCAGACGUGCCAAGAGUGCCAUUCUCAUCUCCUCCGAUGUCACAGCUCGAGGGAUGGAUUUCCCCAACGUGUCGCAUGUUAUCCAGAUGGGACUUCCCCGAUCGGCGGAAGACUACGUACAUCGCGUGGGCCGAACUGGGCGUGCAGGUAAAUCUGGGACCGGCUACCUCAUCCUACACCAAGAACAAAAAUGGGAGCUUGAUCGCAUGCGGCGACGUAUUCACAUGAAGGACUUUGCCGAGGAGCAAAUGCCCACCUCAACAUUGGAUAUGACACAACCAUCCCAGUUGGCGCCAGAGACUGCCCGAAUCAUGCAGAUGGUUGAGAGCGGUGUCAGAGGUACAAACUAUGCAACCAAAGCAAAGGCCUAUCAGGUGCUUAUUAGUUCCAUGGUCGGAAGUGGAACUGGACAGUCAAAGCAAUCAAUUAUUGACAGGGCCAACGACACCGCGAAAUAUGGCUGGGGUCUCCAAGAGAUGCCUGCCAUGUCGAGUCAAUGGGCCCAAAAGAAUGGGUUUAUGGGGAUUGAAGGUGUACGAGUGAGCGAUUCGUUUGCUCAGCAAGGCUCAUCACGCAAUCGAUUCGGCGGCGGCGGUCGCGAUCGCGAUCGCGGCUUCAAUUCUCGUGAUCCCUUCAGGGAGGGCAGCAGAGGAGGGAGAGAUCCAUUCGAUCGAGGCUCUCGAGAAUUCCGAGGUCCUCGUGGCGGUGGUAAUGGUGGCGGCUUUGGGCGUGGUGGAGGCGAUCGCUGGUAA